UUCUUUUUUACUUUUUAUUUGUUUUUUAAUUCAUUAUGCCUGACAGAUUUAACCUUACACAAUCACUUACUUGUGCUGCUUGUGGUGAUGUUUUAAUUGAUCCUAUUACACUCUCUUGCGGAUAUUCUGUUUGUUCACCUUGUUUCCCCAUUACCAGCCCUACUUCUGUCAAAAAAUCUGUAUUUCACUGUCCAGUACCUCAUUGUGAUUCAGCAACACAUCUCUUUGGUCCUGAAUUAUACACAGAUGUCACUUUGUCAGCACUCACCGAUAUUCUUAAAGGACUCUUGAGCAGCUCCCAACCCUCUUCAACACAAGUGAAACACUCUGCUGAUUCUAUUGUCAAUGCAGUCAUUCCACACUUGUCUUGUCAAAUCUGUUCUAAUCCAGUCUCUGAUCCAGUCACAGCACCUUGUGGCGAUACUUUUUGUCGUCUCUGUAUUUUACAAUCCAAAAUUAAUGCCGACGCUUGUCACACCUGCAGCCGUCCAUUACCUCGAUUCAGCAGUCUAUCCAGUCAACCCUGUAAUCAACUGAUUGCUCGCAUUGUCAAAGACUUUCAAUUAUUAGGUGAAUUACCUUCCAAUACCCGAGAAAGCCUAUUGUUAGAUACUGAUCAUACACACCAAUACAAUGUACCCUUGUUUAUUUCUGGCGCAGUUAUUAUUCCCGGUCAAACUUUUCGAUUACCUAUUUUUGCACCUAAUCAUCUUCGCAUGUUUCGUGAAGCCAUCAUUCCUUCCAGUCGAUAUAACGGUCUCUGUUUAGCUGCUGUGCAUCGUAGUCGACCUCAAGUAGCUCAAUUUGGUACUAUUCUUCAUAUCAUCGGUCUUGAACGACGCCAUGAUGCUUUAAUGGUUGAUGUUGUAGGUAUAGAUCGUUUCCGUCUUGACACACAUCAUGAAGAAGAACACGAAUCUCGACUAAUAGCCAGUUUCGAAAUCUUGCAUGAAUCCGCCAUUCGUCAACUCAGUAUUGAAUUGCCUUCUGACCAUGAUGAUGCUGUACAACAUGUCAAUGCUUAUGCUGUCGAUUUAGCUGAUUCUAUCUUGAAGUACAUUCAACAUCUCGGUUCAGUCUCUUCUAUUCCUUCGCAUGUACUUCAUGCACAAACAGCUGGUUUAUUGGGCCCACUUUGGUUUGAAAGUGUCAAGUCACUUCAUGGUCCUAUGCCUUCUAAACUUGAUCCUGUGGCUGUAUGCUGGUGGGCUGCUGUUGUGCUUCCUAUGCCACCCAAUGAUUUAUAUAGUUUGUUACGUACUAUCCCCAUUAUUGAUCGCUUGGAAUUAAUUAUCUCUUGGCUUCAAGGAUUUCAAUCUCAAUGGGAAAAAUGCCGUGGUACUGCUAUUCAUGCUUAUUCUCAAGUCGCUGGACAAUAAUUUCUGUAUUACCCCUUCUCUUAUAUACCCUUUCUUUCUCUCUCUUUCCCUUUUUGUAUUUUAUAGAAAAAAGAAAAAAAAGUUUAUUAUGUAAUAAUAAAAAUGUACACACACACACACAUAUAU